GGCAGCGGCUUCUGGGAUCCCGAUGUGGCAGAGGGGCCGUCACCGCCAACAAGGAGGUGGAGGGCCCGCGAGCCCGGUGUUGGAGACACUGCUGCCAUCCUUUUCUCCUGGCCUGCUGUCCUCCUAGACACGCUCGUCGCCUAAGGAUCCUCCCCUCCCAGCUCUUGCAAACUCCGAACUCGUCGCCUGCUGAUUCUCUUUCACCACGGGUUCACAGCGGAGGCAGCAGUGAGGUGUCCGAUUUGGACACGUGAGGCCUGCGAUCCCCGGAAUUGGGGAGCCUCUUCCUCCCCCUGCAGGUAUGAAGACCCCUCACAAAAAGGCAGCUGCAGGGCAGCAAACCAGGGAAAUUGUCGAUGGCCACAAAGGGUCUGAAAGUAUGAGGAAGAAAAACACUUCUCAAAAGAAGCAGAGAGGCAGACCUUCCUCCCAGCCCCGCAGGAAAAUCGUGGGCUGCAGAAUUUCACACGGAUGGAAGGAAGGCAAUGAGAGCAUCACCCAGUGGAAAGGAACCGUUCUGGAUCAGGUGCCUAUAAAUCCUUCUCUUUAUCUGGUGAAAUAUGAUGGAAUUGACUGUGUCUACGGACUGGAACUUCACAGAGAUGAAAGGAUUUUAAAGCUUAAAAUCCUUCCGGAUAAGGUGCCAUUUUCUCGACUCAGAGAUGUGCACCUUGCAAACACCAUAAUUGGUAAAGCUGUGGAACAUAUGUUUGAGGGUGAGCAUGGUUCUAAGGAUGGAUGGAGAGGAAUGGUCUUGGCCCAAGCACCUAUCAUGAAAGCCUGGUUUUAUAUUACCUAUGAGAAAGAUCCUGUCUUGUACAUGUACCAGCUUCUAGAUGAUUAUAAAGAAGGAGACCUCCAUAUCAUGCCAGAGUCCAGUGAGUCUCCUCCAGCAGAGAGGGAGCCAGGAGGAGUUGUAGAUGGCCUGAUAGGUAAACAUGUGGAAUAUACCAAAGAAGAUGGCUCCAAACGGAUCGGCAUGGUCAUUCACCAAGUGGAAGCCAAACCCUCUGUGUAUUUCAUCAAGUUUGAUGAUGAUUUCCAUAUCUAUGUCUAUGAUUUGGUGAAAAAGUCCUAACUGUUAGGGUAAACUUUGCCACAUUUGUGAAAACAAAUGUGUACUUUGUAGACAUGCAAAAUAAUGUUACUUUUCAGUGUAUUGAAAGCUUUAGGGUCCCUGUUAAUCUGACAUCUUUGCCAGCAUAACUGUUGUUUUCUCCUGAAAAAUACAAAUUUAUGUGGCCAUGAAA